CGACAUUACAGCUAUGAAAAAUACUUCAAUCACGCUGCAAACGCCGCGGCAGCAGCUCAGAGGAAAUACGGUGAUCCCAUUUACACCUUCUUCUAUGCAUAUGCUAUUCUAAUGCAAGAUCAAAUUCAUGAUGCUAUGAUAAAACUGGACACAAUCCGAGACAGUGGGGAUGUGUCUCUCUGUUCUCUCAUGGCUCUUGUCUAUGCUGAGAAAAAGAAGACUAACCCAGACCGAGAAGUCAUUCAAGAACUGGACACCAAAGUGAAAGAAGAUCGUAAAAGUGCCUCCCCUAAAAGCCUGUAUUAUGCUGGCAUGUUCUUAUGGCUGUUGGGCCGAAACGACAAAGCGCGGGAGUAUGUUGAGAGGAUGAUCAAGAUUUCUAAUGGAUCCAAAGAGGGGGUAAUCCUAAAAGGGUGGAUCGAACUGACGUCUGGAAGAGAUGCAUAUGCUAGAAAGGCUGGGAAGUAUUUUGAUGAGGGACUGAAGGAGAAGCCAGAUAUUUUUGGGUUAAUGGGAAAAGCACAGUACUACGAAUACCGCCAGAACUACUCCGGAGCAUUAGAGAUGGUCAACCAAGUUAUUGUCAGCUAUCCAGCGUUCCUACCUGCACUAACCAAGAAGAUGAAACUACUGCUAAGCCUACAGGACUGGGAGCAGACUGUUGAUGCAGCACACCGGCUUUUACAGCGGGAUAAAAAUAACCCAGAGGCGCUACGGAUGCUGGCCUUACAUUCUCUGUGCAGGGAUGGGGAUAUUUCUGAGUCUUUGAAGCUUCUGUCCAACCUCACCACCAGUCUGGAUAUUCUGGAGCCACGGAACUCUGAGCUCUUCUACAGGAUGUCGCUCGCCUUUGCGCGGCUUUGUGGGCGUAAUGAAAAGGUGCUGGAGCACACGUUUAGGAUGGUGGAGAAGGCCUUCUCUGUGGGCUCGGGAGAUGCAGACUUUGCCACAGAGAUGGGAUACCAAAUGUUACUCCAGGGAAAGACCAAGGAGGCCAGCAAGUGGUACAAGAACGCCAUGAGUCUGGAUGAGACCAGUGUGGCCGCUCUGACAGGUCUAAUCCAUUGCCAGCUUGUUGAGGGACACCUUCAGGAUGCAGAGCAGCAGUUGGAAUUUCUGACUGAGAUUCAACAGUCCAUCGGGAAAACAGGGGAGCUGUUGUACCUGCGCGCUGUGCUAGCAGUGAAGAAACGGCGCCCCCCAGAGGAAGUGCUGUCUCUGCUGAACGAGGCUGUGGACACUCACCUGUCCACUCUGCAGGGCUUGCCUUUGGGCGUGGACUACUUUGAGAAGCUCAACCCUGAUUUCCUCCUGGACAUUGUCAAAGAGUAUCUUGCACUGUGUCCUGCUAAGCCCCCUGCCCUCGGCCAGCCCCCCUGUCCUCAGCUGCAGCGCUGUGCCACUCUCCUGGACACUGUAGUGAAGAUCGUGCCUGGGCUGCUCCAGGGACUCUACCUCAUGGCCAAAGUCAAAUAUCAAUCUGGAGACUUUGAGGCGGCUCAGAGCAGCCUGAGCCUCUGUUUGCAGCAGUGCCCGUCCUUCGCUGAUGCUCAUUUGCUGAUGGCUCAAAUUCACCUGGUGCAGGGGAACUCCACCUUGUCUUCACAAUCUCUGGAACUCUGUUUAAGCCACAACUUUGAGAUCAGAGAAAACCCUCUGUUCCACCUGAUCAGGGCUCAAGCGCAGAAGAAGAUGGGUGAGCUGACCGAGGCUAUCCAGACCUUACAGAUGGCCAUGAGUCUUCCAGGGGUGCGGAGAAUGGGCUCCUCCUCCAAAUCCAGGAGCAAGAAGAGUGAUCUGAGCACCGCUGACUGUGUCUCCGUGUUCCUGGAGUUAGCCGAGGCACUGUGGCUAAAUGGUGAACAGCACGAAGCAGCUAAAGUGAUGCAGGAUGCGAUCAUUUCCUUCUCGGGGACCCCAGAAGAGCUGCGUGUGACUAUAGCCAACGCAGACCUGGCCCUGAUGAGAGGAGACACGGAGCUGGCCCUGAGCAUGCUGCGAAACAUCACCCCAGAACAGCCCUACUACAUCCAGGCCAAGGAGAAGAUGGCUGACAUCUAUCUGAACCACAGGAGGGAGAAGAGGCUCUACGCUAGCUGCUACAGGGAACUUGUGGAUAAGCUGCCCAGCCCCCACACAUAUCUCCUACUGGGUGAUGCCUACAUGAACAUUCAAGAACCAGAAAAGGCCAUCGAGAUCUACGAACAAGCUCUGAGGAGAAACCCCAAAGAUGGAGCUCUGGCCAGUAAAAUCGGCAAGGCUUUGGUCAAGACCCACAACUAUCUGAAGGCUAUAAACUAUUAUGAGGCUGCCCUGAAGAGCGGCCAGCAGAACUUUCUCCGCUACGACCUGGCUGAGCUGCUGAUGAAGAUGAAGCAGUACGAGCGCUGUGAGAAGGUGGUGCAGGAGGCUCUGGAUCAUGAACCAGUGAAUGAUCUCGCCGGACUUUCAGACGACUGCCGCUACCUCGUCCUUUUGGCCAAGAUUAAAAAUAAAGUGGGAAAGAAUGAAGACGCUUUGCUUUCACUGCAGAAGGCUCGUGACGUCCAGGCCAAAGUGCUGAAGCGCGUUCAGAUGGAGCAGCCAGACGCCAUCCCGGUGCAGAAACAGCUCGCCGCCGAGAUCUGCUCCGAGAUCGCCAAGUACUACAGCAGCCAGCGGGGCUACGAGCGCGCAGUCAAGUUCUACAAAGAGGCGCUUGUGUAUUGUGAGACCGAUCGCAAGGUGAUGCUGGAGCUGGCUCGCUUGUACCUGACCCUGGACGAGGUGGAGGCGUGUCAGGAGCAGUGCAGUGUGAUUUUGAUGAACGACCAGUUCAAUGAAGACGCAACCCUGAUGAUGGCCAACCUCAUGUUCAGGAAGCAGGACUAUGAGAAGGCCGUGUUUCAUUAUAGGCAACUUUUGGAGCGUAAGCCCGAUAACUACCUGGCUCUGUUCCACUUGGUAGACCUGUUGAGGCGAGCUGGUAAACUGGAGGAGAUCCCCCGAUUUCUGGAGCUGGCUGAAAAACACUCCCCAAGGACCAAGCUGGACCCGGGCUUCAACUACUGCAAAGGCCUGUACCUGUGGUACACGGGCGAGUCUAAUGACGCUCUGAGGCACUUCAAUAAGGCGCGCAAGGACAGCGACUGGGGCCGGAACGCAGCCUACAACAUGAUCGAGAUCUGCCUCAACCCUGACAACGACACCAUGGGGGGAGAGGUGUUCGAGAACCUGGAUGGAGAAAUGGGUAACUCCACAGAGAAGCAGGAGUCGGAGCAGCUGGCGGUGCGGACGGCGGAGAAGCUGCUGAAGGAGCUGAAGCCUCAGACUGCGGGAGGACAGCUGCAGCUCCGCAUCCUGGAGAACUACUGUCUGUUAGCCACCAAACAGAAGGCCAGCGUGGAGAAGGCCCUCAACGUGUUUACAGAGAUCGCAAACAAUGAGAAAGACCAUGUGCCCGCUCUGCUCGCCAUGGCAACAGCGUACAUGAUGCUCAAACAGACGCCGCGAGCCAGGACUCAGCUCAAACGAAUCUCCAAGAUGAGCUGGAACAUGGAGGAUGCAGACGAGUUUGAGAAGAGCUGGCUCCUUUUGGCCGAUAUCUACAUCCACUCUGGGAAAUACGACAUGGCCACAGAGCUGCUCAAGAGAUGCCUGAACCACAACAAGUCUUGCUGUAAGGCCUAUGAAUAUCUGGGCUACAUCAUGGAAAAGGAGCAGUCGUUUUGCGAUGCCGCGCUUAACUAUGAACAUGCGUGGAAAUAUGGAAAUUGCACUAAUCCAACUAUUGGAUACAAGCUGGCUUUCAAUUACCUGAAAGCAAAGAGACACGUUGAUGCAAUAGAUGUGUGUCAUAAGGUUCUGGCUGCUCACCCAAAUUACCCAAGAAUAAGGAAGGACAUUUUGGACAAAGCCAGAACUGCCCUCAGGCCUUAAGAGUGGGAAGUGAAAGGACGAGUCUGCUCCAAUACAAAUGUGUUCAAGACAAAAUAAUGUUAUGUAUAUAUAUUUUUUGUUUUGUUUGAUUUUGUGAGGCAACUCAAUCCUUUUUGUGCAUCUUUUUCAUCCAGUUUGAUCAAUACUAUUAUAGACCUAUUUUUAUUUCUAUACGUUUUAUACUGUAUGUAGCUUGAGUGCUUAUAUUUAUUUAUGUACAACUCAAAACAAAACAAUAAA